GUUUUCUCCUGCUUUUUUCUUCCAGAAGUCCUGCAUUAAUUGGGUGCUUCAUAGUAGACCGAGAAUAUUUCCAGGAGAUUGGCUUACUAGAUGAAGGCAUGGAAGUAUAUGGAGGAGAGAAUGUGGAACUUGGAAUCAGGGUGUGGCAGUGUGGAGGAAGCGUUGAGGUUCUACCUUGCUCCAGGAUUGCUCACAUUGAAAGAGCACAUAAACCAUACACAGAAGAUCUAACUGCUCACGUUCGGAGAAAUGCACUGAGGGUGGCUGAAGUCUGGAUGGAUGAAUUUAAGAGCCAUGUCUAUAUGGCAUGGAAUGUACCCCAAGAGGACUCUGGAAUUGAUAUUGGUGAUAUUUCUGAGAGGAAGGCCCUGAGGAAGAAGCUCCAGUGUAAGACCUUUCGGUGGUAUCUCGUCAGUGUGUAUCCAGAAAUGAGAAUGUAUUCAGAUACUGUCGCAUAUGGGGUGGUAAGAACCUUGUUUACAUUUCCUAUUUUUAAAAAGGUGGGAGGUGGAAUUGAGUAA